GUAGACACCCAAAACGUUUGCCAACUUGUGUUGGCAAGUUUUUGAUUGAUUAGUCAGAGAGAUAAUCAGAACCUUCAUGGCGUUGAUAGCGACCGACCAGGGCUGCAAACUGAACGGUACGUCGGCGGUUUACGGCAGAGUUGGACCAAGAAAAGAAGUCUAUCAAGGCAAGACGGAGAGCUUUAAAACUGCCAAAAUGCAGCCCAAAGAAACGGACUAUUCAACAGAUGGCCUGCCCAAAGCCUUCCUGCACAGCCUGAGGACCCUGUUUGACAUUUUGGAUGACUGUGGACGGGGAUAUGUCCACAUCUCAGAGAUCGAGAGCCGCUGGCAGGGCGCAGACACCCGGGAUCUGCCCGGCGGAGUUCUUAGCUGCCUCAGGAGGGUCACCCCACCGCAUGGCUGCCUCACCUUUGAGCGGUUCGUUGCGGGGCUGCGGUACUCCAUGCUCAACCCGGAGAACAGCAGCCACUUUAAGGCCCAGGCUGCUGUGCACCCGCAGCAGGUACCAAAGCAGCCCCACAAACCCGCCCCGCUGUCCACAUGCAGUGUUGGGACACGAGUUGAGAACAAGGUCCGUCCGCUGGGGCCAAGCAACGUGACCAACACCCAGCCGCACCGGGCGUCCUCCCUACAGAGCCGGGCCAGGCCGGAGGAGGGUGCCGGGUACCCCGUGUCUGGACCGGCGCCGUACAGCGCGGGCUUCGAGAGGUCCGGGCGGACUUUAGAGCGGAAUCCCGCCGCUCAGGGGGGCGGCUGUUACCGGGCCGAGCCGGCCCAUGCCACCAAACCAACGCAGCCCCAGCAGAGCCGCGUCAGGUCCAUUGAGUCGCUUGCUCUGGAGUCACCGCAGCUCCAAGGACCAGGUGUGGUGAAAUCAGGGUUACCAAGAUCUCAGAGCGAAUCAGCAACAGGAUUUACUGGCUGCUCCAGGCGACAUGGGCGGAGUCGGGAAGAGCAGAGGCGGCAUACCAUAUCCAACGGGGUGGAUUAUGGAGUGUUGAAGCAAAUGAAAGAGCUGGAGCAGGAGAAGGACUCCCUGCUGGCAGGCCUGGAAGUGGUGGAGCGGGCCCGCGACUGGUACCAGGGCCAAAUCCACAAUGUCACAGAGAGACAGCGGCAGAUCGGCCAGAGCUCCCACUGCACGGAUUUCUUCACAGAAGCAAAUCAGAGUCGCAUUAAUGUUCUAAUACCCAAACUGCAAGAAGUCAACCGCUGCCUUAACGACCUUAUUUCCUGCACUGGGAUGCAGUCAUUUCCUUCCAGCGGUGCACAGACCGCAGUGCUCUCAGUUAACCCCCAGCCUCCAGGUCCAGCUCCUACGCAAGCCAUCCAGAGACUGAAGGACCAGAACCGACUUCUCACACAGGAGGUGACAGAGAGGAGCGAGAGGGUCGCCCAGCUGGAGCAGGAGAAGUCGGCCCUGAUAAAACAGCUUUUUGAGGCUCGAGCCCGCAGUGCGCAAGACACCAGCACAAUGGAUUCCACCUUCAUCUGAAAACAAUUACACUCCACCCACCACCAUAGCAUCACAAUGUUUCAACUAGGAAUGAUCAUGACGCUGGUCUGGAGCAAAACUUUUAUAAGACUGACUGUUGUUUACCCAAACUUGUAGCAAUGACGCACCUUCAGCCAUGACACGCCAACACCCUUGACCGCGGCAACAUGUGACCACUCCACCACAAACCAAAUCCAUGCACUACCCAGAUGGGAACACUCCGAGGAAUACCUUACCCGAAUAAGUUGACCCAAGAGUCCAAAGACUCUGUUACGGCCUUUACGUUUCACUGCAUGAUCACUUGAGCUGAAAAGACUGAAACCCUUUCAGGAAACCAGUCAGGUCUCAUGAUCCCUUCACUCCCUGCAGGAUUACAGCAUCUGCAAGAUCUCCGCUCCCAAAAAAACAUCAGCUUUUUACUUCUGCUGCUUGAAUGCACGGGCAACGGGACAAAGAAAACACAAAUUUUAACUUAGAGGUUCAAAAAGUAAUUGGACAGUAAGGGAGGAAGGUUUCUUUUGGAAUAAAAUGCCAUAUUCUUACAGUUUAAUAUGAAAACACAUCAUCAGCUGCAUCUGCUUGCUGUGACCCAUCAAUUACAGUUUUGUUUAAAUAUACUUUUUCCCGAAAUAUUAAUGAGGUACACCCAUGUCUUUUAGUAUUUCCUUCCUUUUAAUGUAAAUUAAUAAUAAUAACAUGUUUACCUGACGGUGGCUUUCUGGGUUUUAGAGUGUUUAAUUUCAAACACUGAGAGACAGGAAUUACUGAAAAGAGCAGUUUUUAUAUUAUAGUAGCAUGUUUAAUGUUAAGACUUUUUUUUGGUUGAAAGAAGAGGUGGGAGGACAGCCUACAAGCCAUCGAGAUGUAGAGGCAGAGACAGUUGAGAGAAGUUUGCACGUAGAAGAGAGAUGAGGAGGAUAAACAUGGUAGACGGUGAAUGUGUCAGAGCCUGAGCUCCAGGGUUGAGAGAUCUUCUGAUGUCACGUCGGAAACAAAAGAAAAUCACUUUGGCUAUUUAGUGCUACAAACCUCUUUAUGUCUUUACAGUGGAUUCUUUGCAUGGGGUCAUAUUUCUAGCUCAAAAAAUAUUUAUCUUCUGAAGAGAUUUCUGAGAUUAAACAUUAGCACAGAUGUGAAAACCCACUUUGUCCUCGUACAUAUCUCUCUUUACCAGGAUCAGCCUGGAAACGGUUGGCUUUAGACUAAAACUUUAAAAACAUUCAGCCAUCCACAAGUUUACAAAAGAAAUAUUUAGUUAGUGGGUGGCGGUAGAAAAAAAAACAUUGUAGUUUUAUAAUGGAUCUGUAUGGUACCGCUGGGAUGACUGCACUUAACAUAUUGUUGAUGUCUGUUUCCCACUUGUUUGAUUGUAUGUUUCUUGCUGCUCAAAUUACAUUAUGUGUGAGUGACCCUCUUUUUCCUUCUGCUUUCUAUCGAGAGUACUCGAACUUCAGAUGGAAUGUUAAAUAAUAAACACGACCAAACCAA